AUGGGCUGGGUACACAAUGCUACGCCCGAGAUUGAGGCUGCAUCGCAGUACCCUCUCAUUCUCGGGGUAUGCUUGGCCCUGACCAUCGUGAUGGUUCUCACCGUCUGCUCGCGGCUUUUCCUUCGGGUCCGAGCCAGUCGAUUGGCAGCGGCAGACUAUGUGAUGGUUGUUAGCAUGGUAAUGCACUCUGCAUCUCUCGUGGGCACCUCCACCUCCACCUGCACAGGAGGGAUCUUUCUCACAGUCGCAGAAAGUAGAUAUGGUCUUGGUCUUCCGCUUAAACAGCGACCUGCAUUAAAUUAUCCGACAUAUGUCAAGUUGAACUAUGCCGGACGUCCCUUCUACCAAAUCGGCAUCGCAGGUUUCAAGGCAUCCCUCUGCCUCAGUUAUUUACGACUCAUCGAUGGAACAUCGAAGCAUGUAUAUCGCAUUGUGAUCUGGAUUGUCAUCGUGGUGUCCACCCUGGGCCAUAUCGGCGGUGCCCUGAGCCUGAUCUUCAAUUGCACACCGGUGCGACGAGCAUGGAACGCUCACGUUCCGGGUACAUGUCUACCUGUAGGACCAACGUUCUACGGCCUCGCUAUUUUCACCAUCAUCAUGGACCUCGCCAUCAUAGUCCUCCCCAUCCCAUUACUGCUUAGCCUCAAUAUCAGAACCGCCCAAAAGGCAGGCGUCGUGUGUCUCUUUCUCCUCGGCCUGUUCACGACAAUCUGUUCCAUCAUGCGACUUACUCAGAUCCAGCGUGUGGCGUUUGGAGACGGGAAUUCGACUAUGCUCGUGUUAUGGGGAACAAUCGAAUUCAAUGUCGGCAAUAUUGUUACUUGUGCUCCAUACUUGGCACCGCUACUCAAGGGCUUUGUGCGAGGAUUUGGGUCUACUGAAAAGCCAACGCGAUAUUACUACCGGAGCCAUGAUAGGGGCUACGUGAUGGACAAAUGGUCGAGAGAUCAGCAUUCUCACAUUCAGUCUGUGGCAUCCGGCCGGGCACCGAGACGCACGGCGAGUGAGGAGCUUAUCUUGGCCGGCGGGGAGCCGAACCAUGGGGGUAUUGAGAUGACAGUGGAAUAUACGGUUUUUUCGGAAGGUAAUCCGACUAAAUAG